AUGUUUUUCUCUCGUGCUACAGCUCUCGUUGCCAUCGCAGGCCUCACCGCAGCCGGCCCUAUUCAGAAACGUGAUGGCAUCAACGAUGGCGUCAUUCUCAACUACGCUUUGACUCUGGAGCAUCUCGAAGACACCUUCUACCGCCAAGGGCUAGAGAAGUUCACAGAGCAGGACUUUGCCGCUGCUGGCUUCGAUUCCUCCUUCUACGGCAACCUCAAGAAGGUUUCAUCUGAUGAAUCAGAGCACGUUGGCUUUUUGACCAAAGCGCUAAAGGCUGCUGGUGUUACCCCCGUCGCCGCAUGCACAUACGACUUUGGCUACAAAGAUGUCAAAACCUUCCUUGCCACCGCUUCCAUUCUCGAAGGUGUUGGCGUCUCUGCCUACCUCGGCGCUGCUGCCGAUAUCAUGAGCAAGACAUAUCUCACCGCGGCCGGUUCCAUUCUGACUGUCGAGGCGAGACACUCGUCAUACAUCCGAGCUGGACUGAAGGAAGCUCCAUUCCCUCAACCUUUUGAUGCCCCUCUAUCAAUCAACGAAGUCUAUUCUCUUGCUUCGCAAUUCAUCACGUCUUGCCCCAAGGAGAACCCUGCUCUUCCCGUCAAGGCAUUCCCCAAGUUGGCCCUCGACCCCAAGACUGCCAUGCCCGUCAAGACAGGAGCAACCGUCACUCUCCAGACUCCAGGCUACACCCUCAAAGCUCCCCAGGGCUCUACCCAAGUCUACGCCGCUUUCAUCGCCGUCACCGGACCAACAUUCGUUCCUGCCACGCCCGUUGACGGAGGUUACUCUGUCAAGAUUCCUGAGGGUUUUGCCGGCCAGACUUACGUCGUUCUUACUGGCUGCAACAAGAGCGUCACUGAUGACACUGUCGGUGCUGGGCCUGCGAUCAUUGAGAUCUCGAGCUAG